AUGACUGACUCUACGAGAAUAAAUCUUAUGACUAAAUUGGGAAUUACAUUGAAACGUUCAAUACCUUCAAAGAAUAAUGCUAAUAACAAUUCUGAAACAUUAGGAGAGUUACAAUCUUCAAUUUCAACUGAACUUGAAGAUGAAUUUACACUAAAAUUGUUAAGUCUAGAAAAGAGUAAUGCUCCCCGACUAAAAUAUUUACGUAAAUUAAGUUACUUAAAGAUUUGGGUACCAUCUUCACAACGGCCACCUAAGCAUCAAACUGCAAUAAUAUUUGAUUGGGAUGAUACAUUAUUAUGUACAACAUAUAUAAAUAGAAUCUUAAAUUGUGAACAUGUAGAUUUUCGUGAACAAAAAAAGGGGAAUAUAAAUAUAAAUGAUAAUGAUUUUGAUAUAUCUACAGUGGUAGAAUUACCAAAAGCAGUUUUAGAAAAAUUAGAAUUAAUUCAAAAAUAUGGUAAGAAAUUACUUGAAUCAUCUUUGGAGUUAGGUCAUGUCUUCAUUAUUACUAAUGCAAUAGAAGGUUGGGUUGAAUAUUCUGCUAAUAAAUAUUUACCUAAAUUAGUUCCAACACUUUCCAAGGUAAUUAUUAUAUCUGCAAGAUCAAAAUACGAAAUGGAAUUUCCGGGAGGUUAUUAUCAAUGGAAAUUUAAUGCUUUUCUUGAAGUACAGAAAAAGUUAAAUUCCGAAAUUAUAACAAAUCUUAUAUCUAUUGGAGAUUCAGUUAUUGAAAUGGAAGCUGUCCAUAUUCUAGGUAAAGAAUUCUCAGAAUCUCUAGUUAAAACAAUUAAAAUGAGAGAAUCACCAACUCCAGAUGAAAUUGCUAAGCAACUUGCACUCAUUUCUUCAAAAUUUGAGGAUAUUUAUUUGAAUGCAAGAAAUUUAAAAAUUGUGCUUGAAAAAAAGGUCGUAAAAGGCUAUUAG